AAUCAGAGCAGCACUUCGCUCUCGCGGAAACUUUCCCGAAACGACGCCAAUUCCAUUGUAGGAGGAGAUGCUGUUGUUAGUAGCUAUGCAAAGAAGAAACACCCUAUAGCCGAUUCGCAACGGCCAACACAAGAUCAAGAGAGAGUGAUUGGGAAUACUCCUUUCAGUGACGACGAAAUUGAUGCUGAGAGUGUUCGGGCUCAGUCGCAGAAGAUCUUUUCAUUCUCGUUGCCUUUUGGCGGACUCACCUCUUUCAGUAGUUCGUUGUACAAGCAAAUAACGUCCCUACGACUUGAUUCGAUCCAUUCGAUUCCACUUAUAGACUCACUUCCGAUAAUCGGAAAUAAUCAUGACGAUAAUUCCAGUGACGAGAAGCAACAGAUGAAGCUACGUUUGGAACGACAGCAGUCUAUAGGCACCUUGGAAGAUGCUGAAUAUUUUCGCAAAUUCAAGGGAACUGAUGAUGUACGGUUCAGGGCCGUUAAACAUACCUUGACGUCGACUUUGAUUCCGGACUUCAUGCAGAGCAAGAAAGACGAGGAGACUUACGAAAGCAUCUACAACGACAUCGAGGGUAACAUUGUAAUUCUCGGAGGGUACCGGGGGUCCAUCUUGCGAGACAGGAAGACUGGAAAACGGUUGUGGAUUCCAAUCAAGGCUGGGUUCAACUUGAGAAAAAUCAACCUCUUGUUGGGGCCAACAAAGGAGGAUGAAAUUAGGGCUGUAGAUUGCAUAUACCCUGAUGGAGUGUUGAAGAAUAUUGGUCCUAUAGAUAUCUGCAAAAAGUUCAUCAAAAAGCUUGCCAGCAAUCCCAAAACCAAUGUCAAGGAGUUUGGUUACGACUGGCGAUUGAGUGGGUCUAUAGUUUCGAAGCAGUUGGAGAAGUUCCUUCUGGACAUCUAUGAAGGAACCGGUAAGCCUACAAUUGUAAUUGCUCAUUCCAUGGGUGGACUCAUGGCACAUGGGGCAUUGCAAAGAAACCCUAAGCUAUUCAGAUCUCUAAUAUAUGUUGGCGUGCCCAGCGAAUGUCUCAACAUCUUGGGUCCUAUACGGUUUGGAGACUCAGUGAUUUUCUCAGACAAGAUUCUCACCUACGAAACGAACUUCAUGAUGCGUUCAAGUUUCAACUUCUUGCCCUUAAGCGGACGAGUAUUUUAUAACAUAGAAAAGAAUGAGUGGUACGACUUAGACUACUUUGAUCCAGAGACCUGGGUGGAGUAUAACUUGAACCCCUUGGUUUGUAAAGAAAGAAGAAUUCUUGAAGAGUCUGUUGUCAAUAGUAGUAGAAGUACCAUGAUUGCCAAUUCAGACUCCACUUUCAGUAUCAACCUGAUUGGUAAUAAAUUAAGGAACUAUCGUGCCUUAUCUCUAACCAGAAGAUCCAAGACAACUUCUUUGGACGAGGCUUCUAACCAAAGCUCAGAAUUUACCCUUCCAGAAAGAUCAACUUCUCCUUCGUUGUUUUCAAUGAAGUCAAACGAAGACAAUGAGAUUGUUCGUAGCUAUAGUUUUUCGUUCUCUGAUGCCUACAACUAUCUAAAAGAGACUUUGAAACUGACAAAAGAGUAUAUCCUUUCGCUUGACUAUAGGGAAGAGUUGGAACCAGAAUAUCCACCUUUGGCUAUGGUUUAUGGUAAUACCGUUCCAUCUGUGAGAGGAUCGAUUGUCCGAGGCUUGGAUGACAUAAGGGAAGGUAACUACUACGAGUUUUUCUACGGUCAUGGCGAUGGAGUUGUACACCAGAAGUGGUUGAUGCCUGAAAGGAAAGGUUUUAGUUUCUACAAUAAUACCACUGGACAGGGUGAUAUUGUUUGCAAGGUUGCAAGUGAUUGCGGGCAUGUUAACUUGAUGACCGACUUCAAAGCUAUGGGUAAGGCAUUAUAUGCUGUGACACAAGCUGAAAUGUUUUGGGAUCAAAAGCAAGAAAGAUUGAGACAAAUGCGCAAGUCUGGACUGAACUAA